AUAAUUAAAUAAUAAUUUCUAAGUAAGUUUCAGUGUAAUAAAAAUGGUUUGGAAGUGUUGUGUACUAGGGUGCACAUGAGAAAGUGAUAUUCCAUCGCAUAAGCUGCCGACAAAUUAUACAAAAGUAUGUGACUGGUUACAAGCCAUUCAACGAAGUGAUAUGAUUAAUGCAACAAAAGAAGCAUUAGCCAAAUUAAGAAUUUGCUCAAUGCAUUUUUCAGAUGACCUGGUAUUAUCUUAUACAAAGACGCGUCGACUUAAAGAUAAUGCGAUACCUGUAUUGUAUUUACCACUAGAGAAAGAUGCCGAUAUUAAUUCUCUCUAACAUAGAUUUACCAGAGAAAGAUACCGAUAUUAAUUCUCUCUAAUAUAGAUUUAUCAGAGAAAGAUACCGAUAUUAAUUCUAACAUAAACUUACCAGAGAAAGAUACCGAUAUUAAUUCUAAUAUAGAUUUACCAGUGCAAAUAAAAAAUGUUGAGAGCAAUUCUGAUUUGACAACAGCAGAAGAUGAACGAAAAGAAUACAAAGAAAGAAAGUGGAAAAGAAAUAAUGAAACUUCAUAUAGUGAUCACCUGCGCAAAAGAUUGAGGCAACUGAGAAAAAGAUAAAAAAAAAAGAAGGCAAUUAUUUGACAGCAUUGUGAUAUUAUGAAGAAAAAAGAAAAAAAAUCUAUGGGAGAAAGCUUGCUUAAGUAUCUUUGUCGUACAGGAAACCUUUUUGGAAAUGAUCAUGACAAAUUUUAAUCGUUUACUGGAGCAGGAACAUUUUGCUGACGAAAUGUGGGAGAAUAUUUCAAUUUUUGGAAAAACAAAAUUAAAACAAAUUGCUGUUCCUAUUCUUUUCAACAAGCAACUGCUUUUAAGAAAUGUCACUGACAAAGUAUUUACUGAAAGCAUUCUAAAAGUGAAUAAAAAAUCUUUACAUUCAUCUACAGAUAUUUUCAAUGCUGCAGAUGCUGCGCAAACAGAGUGUAGUAGAAUAGGAGAAGAUAUGUUUACACAAGUAUUAAUGAAACAGCCAGGUAUUUUAUUAAGAACUUUAAUUUAUACAUAAAUAAGCCGCAGUUAACUUGACAUCGCUAACAAACAAAAGCAGCAGAUAUUGUCAAAUCUCGUGAAAUUUCGAAUGCCAAUUUUGACCUUGAGUGGAACAUUUUGAAAGAGCAGUAUGAAAAUAAACGGGUCAUCGUCCAAACACAUUAAGGCAAUAUUAGGUCUUCUGACAAUGUUUAAAGAAAAUGCCAACGAUCUUCGGUAACUGACGAAUG